UCGUUCUCUGUCAAAGGGCAAAGGGGGCUGGAGAGGCGGUGUGGGUUGUCCGGGAUAAGCGCUUUCGAGGCUGAACGUCCCUAUCAUGUUUAACUAAAGAGGGAUCGUAAUCCGUUACAGCUCACAACGACUCUAAAAGUAUAUCAACAACAAUGCUGCGCGUCUGUGGAAAAGCAGCCAGUGCUGCAGCUCAAACCUGCCUGUGCGGUAAAGUGUCGGUCCGUCCGCUGCUGCCUUGCCGGCGCUACACGACAUCAGGAAGGUCUGGGGCUUCUGCAGGCAAAAUAGUUGGAGCAGGUCUCCUCUUUGUGGGAGGAGGACUGGGAGGCACGAUUCUGUAUGCGAAAUGGGACCCUAAAUUCAGAGAGAAUGUAGAAAAGUCCGUCCCCUACUCUGAAACGGUCUUUGAAAUGACCCUUGGUCCUGCCCCUUAUGCACUGCCAUUGCCAAAGAAACCGACAAAGCCAGGUCCGCUCCAGAUCUCUUCGGUGUCCGAGGCUAUGAAGGAAUCGAAGCAGCCCAAACCAAAGGGAAAAGACAAGGUGACCCCUGCUGAAAAGCCCCCGACUCCGGAGACAUCUCCAAAGGACCAGAGCCUGGAAGAGGCCUCCACAGAGGCAGCCCACAUCAUUUCUGCGAUCAGCGAGGUGCCGUCUAUGCCAGCCCCUGGCACCCACGAGGGGCCGCAGCCGGGCGAGGACAAACCCCAGGCGGAGUCAGGAGGGCACUGUAAGGAGUGUGCCCAUGAAGAGUCCCCUGCAGGGAAAGAGCGCCCGCCAGAAGAAGUGGCUGCCCACCUGGCACAGCAGGACAAAGAGGAGCAGGAGAAGAUCGCCUCGGUGUCCACGAUGCUGGAGGAAGCCCUGAGCAGAACAGCCCAAGUGACCCUUCAGGCUAUCGGUGCCCAGGAUGCUGCUGUCCACGCCAUUAACAGCCAUACCCGGAGACUGAAAGAGGCCAUGGAGAACUCCGAGACUUCAUCAGAACAGAAGAGUGCUCAGUGGCGUUUCCUGGAGGAUGCGUUAAAGGAGCGCAGCAGGACUGUGGAUGAAGCCACAGAUGCUCUCUCAAAAGCCAAGAAUGAACUGGAGAAGCUGCGAGGGGUGAUUGAGGAGGCCAAGCAGACCAAGGUCACCGGAGCGAAGCCGCAGAUCCUGGCGGCAGAGAAGAACUUGCACAACAUGCUAGUCGACCUAGAUAAUGUUGUUAAAAAGGUCCAGGCAGCCCAGACAGAAGCAAAGAUUGAAGCUCAGUACAGCGAACUGGUGACUCAGGCCAGAGAGCAGUUUCUCAAAGAGCUGGACAGCAUCACUCCUGAGAUCCAUCCUGGCUGGAAGGGACUCAAGGUGUCUGACUUAGCUGGCCAGCUGACCCCGGAUGACCUGAACUCUCUGAUCGCUCACGCCCACCGGCGCAUAGACCAGCUCAACAGGGAGCUGGCGGAGCAGCGGGUGAGGGAGCAGCUGCACAUCGAGGCCGCCCUGGAGCAGCAGAAGCUGGAGGAUAAGAAGGCGCUCGAGGCGGCUGUGGCCAAAGCGCUGGAGCACUACCGCACCGAGAUCAAACUGGACCAGCAGAGGAAGUCCAUAGUCUUACCUCAUCGGUUAAAUCUCCUUCUGUCUGUGGAGGAGGUGCGGGAGGCCAUGGAAGGCGAGAUGAGGACACAGCUGCGCAGGCAGGCGGCGGCUCACACGGAUCACCUGCGAGAUGUGCUCAAGGUGCAGGAGCAGGAGCUCAAGGCCGAGGCACAGGAGGAACUGGCUCGUAAGAUGUCUGAGCAUGACACCCACUACCGGCGCAUGACGCAGGAGCAGCUGGAUAACUUCACUCUGGAUAUGAAUGCAGCCUACGCCAGGCUGAAGGGCCUGGAACAGGCCAUCGAGAGCCACACUGUCGCCGAGGAGGAGGCCAGGAAGGCCCACCAGCUGUGGCUGUCGGUGGAGGCGCUGAGCUACGCCCUGAAGGCUGUGGAAGGGGACAGCCCAACGGAGCCCCUGGAGAGCGCAGUGCAGACCAUCAGGGCCAGCUGCGGGGACAACGAGUUCACCCAGACCCUGACCACGGCCCUGCCCCAGGAGGCCCUGAGCCGGGGCGUGUACAGCGAGGCCUCCCUGCGUGCUCGCUUCAGCCACAUCAGGAAGCUGGCCCGCCGCGUGGCCAUGAUCGACGAGACCAGGAACAGCCUGUACCAGUACUUUCUCUCCUACCUGCAGUCCCUGCUCCUUUUCGAACAGGAGCAGCUCAAACCCCCCGCCCAGCUCUCUGCCGAAGACCUGGAUACUUUCAAACUGCUCUCCUACGCUUCCUUCUGCAUUGAACACGGGGACCUGGAGCUGGCUGCCAAGUUUCUCAACCAGCUGAAGGGGGAGCCCCGGAGAGUGGCUCAGGACUGGCUGAAAGAGGCUCGGCUCACCUUGGAGACCAAGCAGAUAGUCAGCCUCCUGUCUGCGUACGCCAAUGCGGUGGGUCUUGGCACCACCCAGCUAGAAUAAUUUAAUUACCCGACCGGAGAGCCCUCAUGUUCAUAAGUAGCAGAUUCAGCCUGAAUUUAAAUGAUGCAUAAAGCACUGUACAGAGAACUGGUUGCUUGGAUUAUGUCCCUUAAAAUAUCAUUCAGAAGGCACAUUGUAAACUAUCACUAUUAACAUACUGUCAAAACGGGGGGGAAAAACAGGCCCUUUGUGGUUGUGCUGUUGAUAGAUACAAAAACAUGUCUGUUGCUUGUGUUUCCGUGUAAGUCUCCCUUCGACGCUCUUUGUUACAGAUUGCAGGGAAUCGCAUGUUUAGGAGUUGCUUGCAACCGUGCUGUGCUGUCGGACAAAGCCUGCGGUUUUUGUGAACAUGGGGGCUCGGGAUUUGUCAGGAAUUAUCUCCCGCACAUAGGGCACUCUUGUCAGUGACCUCACUGCCUGACUCUGUUCGCAGUGUCUGUUGUUGGCUCAUGCUGUUCUAACAAAUAUUACAGGAAUGCUUUGUUGAAAUCGGUGUGCUCAGUUCCUGGUUUUCCCUGAUCAGGCUUUGUGAUUUAAUUACUCAUUUUGGCAUUAUGCUGUUGAUUUAUUUUCCCCAAUUCUGGUGCAUAUCAAUAAAACACAGGAAAACAUGUUU